AUGAAAAUUCUCAUUCAAUACUUUGAGUUUCAAGUUGUCCGUAUAUUUUUCACGUACAAAUCUAUAUAUGUCUAUAUCCAUGUGUAUCACACGCCAUCUCUCUCUGUAUCUAUGUAUCACUCACCAUCUCUCUCUGUAUCGAUAUAUCGCUUUGCAUCUCUCUCUGUAUCUAUAUAUCACUCUCUAUCUCUGUCUUAUCUAUAUAUCACUCCUAAUCUCUCUAUAUAUAUCUAUAUAACACUCUCCAUUACUCUCUGUAUCUAUUUUGCACUCCCCACAUCUCUCUGUAUCUAUAUAUUGCUCUCCAUCUCUUUCUGUAUCCAUGUAUUACUAUCUCUGUAUCUAUAUAUCUCUCAUCUCUCUCUGUAUCUAUGUAUCACUCUUCAACUCUCUCUGUAUUGUUUUAUCGCUCUUCAUCUCUCUCUCUCUCUCUCUCUCUCUCUCAUUAUAGAUUUAUUUCUAUCUCUAUAG